AUGGCAUUUGCCAGCUACACUGUGGUGUUCAGGUCACUGCUUUUGGUGCUGGUUCUAGCACUCACUGUAAGGAGCUCACCCCAUGGGAGAGCAGCUUGGCCUCGACCCAACAAGAACAGUGGCUCUGAGAGGCUUAGUGAAGAUUGCCUGAACCAAAACAAUCUCAAAUUCCCCACAACAGUGAAAGUUGACAUUCGUUUCAGCAAUUCAGAUCAUGACUUCAGGACGGUCCAUGAUGUCAGCAACCGAUCCCUUGCUCCCUGGGAUUACAGGCUGGAUGAGGAUCCCAACCGCUUCCCCCAGGUGAUCGCUGAUGCCAAGUGCCGCCUCUCAAGCUGUGUCACCCCCCUGGGGCAGAAGGACCACAGCCUCAACUCCGUCCCCAUCCAGCAGGAGAUCCUGGUCCUGCGGCGGGAGCAGCGGGGCUGCCUGCCCACCUACCGCCUGGAGAAGAAAGUCAUCACCGUGGGCUGCACGUGUGCUGCUCCAGUCAUCCAACGCCAGUCCUAG